AAGAUCAUUCUCUUUUGCUUGCUUGCUGUGCCAGUACACACAUCGUUUUCUACAGCAGUUCUCCACUCUAGAUAAUAAUCUUUGCAAAAAGUAGAGCGUACAGGUAUGGUUAGAGGAAAAUAAUAUUUAUUCAUAUAAAUUGAGAAAUACACUUUUGAUAAGACUUUUUUUUUUUUUCUUCAGAUAUUUUUUCCUGAAACCAUGGUGAAAAAGAUUUGUGUGAUAGGAGCUGGCUCCAGCGGAUUGACCGCUAUCAAAUGCUGCCUUGAUGAAGAUUUGGAACCCACCUGCUUUGAGAGCAGUGAUGAUAUUGGGGGUUUGUGGAGAUUUAAGGCAAGUCAAAAAUGGCUAUUGUUACAGUACUUAAUAAAGUGAAAGGAUACAAUUUAAUCUUUUUAUUUUUGUUUUAUCUUACCUACAGGAGACUCCAGAAGAUGACCGAGCCAGUAUCUAUAAAUCUGUGAUUAUAAACACUUCCAAGGAAAUGAUGUGUUUCAGUGAUUAUCCCAUUCCAGAUGAAUUUCCAAACUAUAUGCACAACAGCAAGAUAAUGGAAUAUUUCCGCAUGUACGCCAAAAACUUCAAUCUCCUAAAAUAUAUCCGGCUUAAGGUAACAUACAGAUGUAUUUAUUUAUGUAUUUAUUUAUUUCAAUUUUAGACAAAUGCUUGAGUUCAAAUGAAUCUGCUAUAUUCUGCUAUAGAAAACUGAACUGACAUUUUAGAGCAUUUUUAUUUAUAUAUAUAAAUUAGAUCAAAGCUAUGAUCCUAUGUAUGAACUACAAACUACAACUAUAGAUGCACACGUAUAUGAAACCCAGCCGUUUGAAACCUAAUGAACAAUAUUUGUAACUAUAUCUUAACUCAUAUUUAGAGCUCACUAUCUGCAACUGUAUGUAUCCUCCUAUCAAGAGUCCACUUGGUUCUACUAUAGCUGUGCACCUGCCUACAUUCCACUACUUGUAAAUAUAUGUAUGCGUAUACGUAGAUAUAUGCACACUUCUACACAGUCCACAACCAGCAAUGUUUAAUUUAAUAUAAUAUUAAUAAAAUAUGUAAUUUAAAAUGAGCAUCCAUCGGAUCUCUUUGUCUCUUUAAUGUUUAAUCUGGAUUAAAAUUAUCAGGCAAAAAAAAAGGAGAAUAAAUAAACUGUAACAUCAUAAUAGAGUGAAUCAAAAAUCAAAUUGCAGAAGCUAAAUUAUUUUAGAAUAAAUGCUGCAAUUUGGCUCGCUGCCCACUGCAGUUUGGUCUUUGGUGAAUAAAAUAAUGCAUUCGUGGAUUACUCCGAGUGCAAUGUGUGAGUGAAUAUGCAUAUUUCCCUAAGUGCAGUGCAAUUUCUUGGGUAAAUGUGAGUAUUUGUGUGGCAAUUAAUGUGCUUUCUGUGUACAUGAUUGUUUUUCUAAAUGUUUUUCCAUUAGAAUGCAUAUGUGUUCUCCAUUUACCCUCCAAAUAUUACUACCUCAAAUAGGACAUUUUAUAUUGCUAACUUACAUAGGUAAGAAUUGAAUAAGUUCUUGUGUGGUGAGAUACAUUUAUAUAAAAUCCCUUAAAAUAAAUAUGCUUUAUUAAUUUUAAUAUGAUUAUGUCUUCUUGCCUUAUUUGAUACAUAUAUUUGGACCUGCCUGAGUCCAGAUGGGAGAUACCACAAAAGGUAGUUAGAAUGACAGGGUUAAGAUCCUGUGGGACUUUUAGAUCCAGACAGACAAGUAAGUACUGGCAAACCAACCUGGCAUCGUGGUGAUUGACAAGGAACGGAAGACUGCAGUCGUGGUGGACGUGGCAAUACCCAGUGACUAUUACAUCAGGAAGAAGGAACAUGACGAGGUACAGGAAUACCAAGGACUGAAAGAAGAGCUAGAAAGGAUGUGGAAAGUUAAGGCAGUAGUAGUCCCAGUUGUGAUAGGAGUACCCAGAAGUUCAGAGAGUGGCUUCAACAGAUUCCAGGUGGGACAUCGGAGAUUGCUGUCCAGAAGAGUGCAGUUCUAAGCCUCUGGCAGAGGAUCCGAGAAUCAGGAAUACAUAUACCACCCAGGAGGGGUGAGAAAAUCAAUAUGUACACACACAAUUACCAAGUACCUCUUGUCUUGCACCCAGCCCACAUAGAAAGGAUGCAAGUCACUCUAGUAAGUUCCAUUGCUUUAUAUAUAAUGGAAGAAAGUCAUCAAUCUCUGUCUUUCUUUUUUCUGUUACUUAUAACUGUAGCUAUUUGCAUUUAUAAGCUAUCUUUCACACUCAAAUAAAUCACAACUGCUUUACGUGGGCAAUACAGGCACCUGUAUGCUGAUCAGAGAUGAGUGGCUUUUUAUCAUUUCUUUUGUAGAAAUAAAGGUGACUAAUGUUCUGGUGUGACAUACUUACUGCACAAAAAGCAAAUCCUGAGGAUUUGCAGGCUAGACAUGAGCCUUUCUCAUGGUGAAUAUCUGUUCAUAUUUUUUAUUUAUUAUUUUUAAUUUGAAUUAUUUUUUUUCCUGCUUGUAAUGUAUUAUCUAUAUAAUGGAUUAACAUUGUGAAUCCACCUCAGCAUAGAGUGUCCCUUUAAAAUGAACCCACCAUAUCAGACUUUCUAUGACCUCAAAUCCCUCCAAAAGUUAUUUGCAUGUAUGCUAUAAACCAACUUCUUACCUUCUGUAAAGUGUCAUCAUGAUACAAGGAUCAUGGAUGGUACAUCAUUCACAGAAGCAAAGAUGGUUGAACUAUAGUUGCUGUGUUGAAGAACAGGAAAACAUUUCACUGCCAUCAGCAUGGGCCACUAUGCCAAUAACUGAUUGACAGGUGGGAGAAGGACCACAUUUUUGAAAGGGUUUUCUAUACAUUUGGUGAUAUUGCUGUUAACAUAUCUAUUUUUCAUGUUUUUAUUUCUCUACAUUUACACUUUAAAAGGACAUGUGAAGCAGAAAUACAAUUUAAAAAGUUGUAUAGCUUUAAGCCUAAAUAGUUAGCUGAAUUUCUGUUGCUUGAUUAUGUAUAACUUAAAAAUAGAAUGUGAUUUCACAGACCUUUCAAGGCUGCCUGCUAAUUCUACAAUUCGUUUUGUUUUUUACAAUAAUUUAAUAGAAUUUUGGUACAGGAGGUAUCAAAAAAACAUAGCUAUAGAGAUAGCAAAAAAACAAAGAAUUCGGCUAAGCAAAUUCUUGUGGGUGAACAAUAGACAUGUGCAAUUAGUUUCUGGCCAAAUAUGAAUUCGGACGAAUUUCGGGCAAUUCGGACAUUCGGGUACUUCCAAAUGUCCGAAUAGCCAAAGUGACGAAUUGCCGAAUUACCGAGGUCCUGAAGUUCCGAAAUUACAGAAUUUCUGAAGUAUCGAAGUGCCGACUUUUCGAAGUGCUGAAGUGCCGAAGUUCCGAGGUUGCCAAAGUGCCGGAGUUCCGAAGCACAGUAUUGCCUAAGUACUAAUAUACUUACCCAGUGGAAGAAGAAGAAUGUUACACUGUAUACGAUUUUAAAUAAAAAGUAUACAAACGUAGCCAGGAUACAGCUGUAAGCAUUUGCAACACUUACAACAAUCAAGUAACAACCAUUCAUAUAAAUGUAGGUUACUUGGCCAGUCAAUGUAAUGACAGGAAUGAAUAAGUAGAUAACUUCCUAAUUCCCACGGUAUUAGGGAGCUAUCUACUCCUAAUCCUAUUCCUAAUCUGAAGGGGGCCUAUUGCCCUCCCCUAAAUGGUGGGUGGGGGCCCUAAAUUAGAAUGAGGGGGGAGGACCUAAUGUCCUCCCCUCUGGCCCCCACCCCUGAGCGGUGGGUGGGGGCCCUAAAUACUAACUGGAGGGGACCUAAUGUCCUCCCCCUUGGCCCCCACCCCUGAGCAGUGGGUGGGGGCCCUGAAUACUAAUUGGGGGGAACCUAAUGUCCUCCCCCCUGGCCCCCACCCAUAAGCGGUGGGUGGGGGCCCUACAUUAGAAUAAGGGGGGGACCUAAUGUCCUCCCCCUGGCCCCCAACCCUGAGCGGUGGGUGGGGGCCCUAAAUACUAAUUGGGGGGACCUAAUGUCCUCCCCCUGGCCCCCACCCCUGAGCGGUGGGUGGGGGCUCUAAACACUAACUGGAGGGGACCUAAUGUCCUCCCCCUUGGCCCCCACCCCUGAGCAGUGGGUUGGGGCCCUGAAUACUAAUUGGGGGGGACCUAAUGUCCUCCCCCCUGGCCCCCACCCAUAAGCGGUGGGUGGGGGCCCUACAUUAGAAUAAGGGGGGGACCUAAUGUCCUACCCCGGGCCCCCAACCCUGAGCGGUGGGUGGGGGCCCUAAAUACUAAUUCGGGGGGACCUAAUGUCCUCCCCCUGGCCCCCACCCCUGAGCGGUGGGUGGGGGCCCUAAAUACUAACUGGAGGGGACCUAAUGUCCUCCCCAUUGGCCCCCACCCCUGAGCAGUGGAUGGGGGCCCUGAAUACUAAUUGGGGGGGACCUAAUGUCCUCCCCCCUGGCCCCCACCCAUAAGCGGUGGGUGGGGGCCCUACAUUAAAAUAAGGGGGGACCUAAUGUCCUCCCCCCUGGCCCCCACCCAUAAGCGGUGGGUGGGGGCCCUACAUUACAAUAAGGGGGGGACCUAAUGUCCUCCCCCUGGCCCCCAACCCUGAGCGGUGGGUGGGGGCCCUAAAUACUAAUUGGGGGGGACCUAAUGUCCUCCCACUGGCCCCCACCCCUGAGCGGUGGGUGGGGGCCCUAAACACUAACUGGAGGGGACCUAAUGUCCUCCCCCUUGGCCCCCACCCCUGAGCAGUGGGUGGGGGCCCUGAAUACUAAUUGGGGGGGACCUAAUGUCCUCCCCCCUGGCCCCCACCCAUAAGCGGUGGGUGGGGGCCCUACAUUAGAAUAAGGGGGGGGACCUAAUGUCCUCCCCCUGGCCCCCACCCCUGAGCAGUGGGUGGGGGCCCUGAAUACUAAUUGGGGGGACCUAAUGUCCUCCCCCCUGGCCCCCACCCAUAAGCGGUGGGUGGGGGCCCUACAUUAGAAUAAGGGGGGGACCUAAUGUCCUCCCCCUGGCCCCCAACCCUGAGCGGCAGGUGGAGGCCCUAAAUAAAAAAAAUAACCCCCUCUCCCCAGGUGACUAGGGGUCCCCAAACCCCUAGUCACCCCCCUCCCCCAAAAAAUUAACCCCUACCUACCCCCCUCACCCUAAAAAUAAUGAGGGGGUACCAUUUAACUAAGUACCUGUAAACAAAAUAAAAUAAAACUUACCAUUUUAUGUUUUCUUCUAAAAUCUUAUUUUUUCUGCCCCAAAAAAGGCGAAAUAAAAAGCCAUAACUGACGCACUUUAAAAAAAAAAAGAGCGCAAAAAAAAUGUAUCCAUUUUCAUCCAUAGAGGGCUCCGUGCCAAAUAGCCGAAGUGCAGAAUUCACGAAGUCCCGAAUUUCGGAAUGCCGAACCAAACCGAAAAAUUUUCCCAUGCACAUGCCUAGUGAUAGGUAAAUGUAGAAACGUAUCUAUCAGUCUCUUCAUUUACCUGUCAGAGCACUCUGAUUGGAUGGCUUAAAUCCACCAAUCAGAGUGCUCUGCGCCUAAUUGCAGGGCGGAGCAAGGCUUUAUAAGCUUUCCCCCGCCCUGCAGAGCUCAGUCUGCGUGGAGCCCUCCGUGUGUGAAAUUUUUUUUUUUGCCCUCAUUUUUUUUGCAUCGGUUAUUAUGGAUUUUUAUUUGGCCUUUUCUGGGGCUGAAAAAUAAGAUUUUAGAAGAAAGAAGACAUGAAAUGGUAAGUUUUUUUUUUUUUUAAAGGUAUUUAGCUUAUGGUCCCCCCUCAUUAUUUUUAGGAUGAGGGGGGUAGGUAGGGGUUAUUUUUUGUGGGGCCGGGGUGAUGGCGGGGUUACAUUUUUAUUUAGGGUCCUCACUCACCACCCAGGGGGAGGACAAUAGGUCCCCCCCCUUAUUCUAAAUUUAGGGACCCCCCUGCUGCUCAGGGGUGGGAGAAGGGGGGGAGGACAGUAGGUCCAACCCUCAUUGUUAUGCAGAGCCCUCACCCACUGCGCAAGGGUGGGAUCCGGGGGGGGAGCCCACCUGUCGUGCAAGGGUUGGAGGAGGGGGUUAGGACAAUAGGUCCCCCCCCUUAUUCUAAAUUUAGGGCCCCCCCGCUGCUCUGGGGUGGGGGAUGACAGUAGGUCCCCCCCUUAUUCUAAAUUUAGGGCCCCCACCUGUCGCUGAGGGGUUAGGGCCGGGGGGGGGGAGGACAGUAGGUCCCCCCCCAUUGUUAUGUAGGGCCCCCACCCGCCACGCAGGUUUAGGUCCAAUUUAGGUCUUUCAGCCUUUUAGUAGAAAGCUCCCUAAUACCGUGGGAAUUGGGAAGUUAUCUACUAAGCGGCUGCUUAUUUUAUAUUAUUUUAAGUUAUUUUAAGUUAUUUCCCUAUCCACAUUUGUUUGCAGGGCACUUGUUCUACUCUUACUCCCAUUUUACUUCCUUUUGCAGCCCUCUAGCCCUUUCCAGGACUUUUUUAGAUCCAUUUUAGUGCCCAAAAGUUCGGGUCCCCAUUGACUUCAAUGGGGUUCGGGGUCAAAUUCGGGGUCAAGUACGAUCCCGCGCCCAGACUUUUUUUCGAGGUUCGGAGGAACCCGAAUAUUAAGGUGUCCGAUCAACUCUAAUCAUGGAAUCAACAGUAUUGUAGAUUCAAUGUUAUGAAACAUCACUUUGACCCUGCAACUGCGACAGGGCAAGCUCUAGGCCACAGAGUCAAUGUAGUGCCUGUGUUGUAACCAAGAAAGCAGGUGUGUGUAUAGAAUGCCAGUGUCACCCAGCAAAUCAUUGGAAAUGAAGGGUCGAGGAAUCAGGAAUGAGGGGUGAUGAUAAUGAAAGUUAAAACAAGGACGGGUUACAGUCUAUUCUUUUUUAACUUGAUAUGAAAUAUUCCAAAAUUUAGUAAUUGUGUUAUCUUUUAUUAGAUGGGAUUAAUUGUUUACCAUAUUUGAAUGCAUUCUUUAUUUAGUUCAUUAAAUGAAGAACUGGUUAUUUCCAGACUGGUGUGCUCUGUAAUUUAGUACUGGGCUCCUAAACUCCUGUUGGCUGUACUUACUCUUGGAAACUCUAGUUUGUUUUGAAACUGUUUUUCAUUUCUCCAGAGAGAGAGAGAGUCUUUUUUUCCUUCUUCAACUCUGGAAGUAGUGGAUGGAGGAGGGAUUGGCAGUCCUAUUGUUCUCUUUUAUAACAAAAACAUGGAAAAUUAACAAAAAAGUAACAAUUCCUAGAUUAGAAGAUAUGUUGUUUUUUUUUAUGACUAAAAUGUAAAGCACUAAAAUAUUUAUUUAUGAAAGUGUUUUGUAAUGUACAUAGUAUCUAAAGCUUUGCUAUAUAUCCCCUUAAAUCAGGGAUUCCCAACCCAGUCCUCGAGUACCCCCUACCAGUCCAUGAUUUAGGGAUUACCCUGUGUCUAAAGUUUUUUUUUUUUUUAUUUGUCUAAAAACACCAUAAACACAACUGGUUAAUACUUAAAUCCUGGACUGUAAGGGGUUACUUGAGGACUGAGUUGGGAACCACUGCCUUAAAUGAUUGCGUACAUCUUUCCUAGUUAUGCAACAUAUUAGACAGAACAGCCAAAAUUUUGUUUAUUCAAUUUGGCUUGGCUUAAAGUCCACUAAGGCAUACAACACUGCCAGAAACGCUAACCUGGAAAAUAAACAAUGUACUGACAAGUGCACUUGUAUUUUUAGCUUUAACCAUAGUUUUAUUUUGUAUUUAGCAUUGAUUUAGCAUUGAGCAGUGUAUGUAUGUUUAAAUGUAAGCAUGUUUUUGUAUGGAGUAUGUGCUUUGUAUAGUUUUUAUAUAUUGUUGCCACUUUCAAGAAGUGGUUUACUUGUGCAUAGUGUUUGUAUUUGAAUGUAGGGGUGUGUCUGUGUGUAGCGUUGAAGUUUGAAUGCAGGGGGGUAUGUAUAUUUACAUAUACACUACCACACUGACAUACAUCUGGAUACAGAGACACAGAGAUAAACACACUGACACAUGCAGUUACACAGACACACAGAUACACACACUGGUAUUCGACAGAUACAAACACUGACACACAUAUAGAUACACAGGUACACACAUGCAGAAACAAGGACACCCACUGACACAGCGGAGGACCCAGAACAUAAUCUCGGUAGGGGCAUUGGUAGAUUUUUUAAAGGGACAAUAACCAUUAAAACUCUCUGUAGGGUUAUGGUUCCAGGAGUGCCAUGGGGCCCUGCCAGAGUAAGUAGACAAACCAGUUAAAAACAGUUUAACAACUUACGUGGGGUCUGCCGGGAUAGGGGCUGUAGUGAGGUAUAGGGCUUGUAGUAGGGUAUAGAGCAGUAGUGUGUGUGAGGGGUACAUUGUGUGAGGGGUGAAGUAUCUGUGAGAGAUGCAAUGCAUGUGAGGGGUGCAGUGUGUGUGUGUGGCAGUAUGUGUAUUUGAGGUGUGCAGUGUUUGUGAGGGAGGCAGUGUGUGUUAGGGGUACAGUGUGGGUUUGUGUCAGUGUGUGUGUAUGAGGGGUACAGUGUGUGUGUGUGUGUGUGUGUUUAGUGAGGACUGCAGUGUGUGUGAAUGUAUGUGUAGGGACUUACUGUGUGGGUAGCUUAAAGCAAAUAUAUUUUUUAAUGCUCCAUGCUCACAAGAGGAGGACCUCGAGGAGCUGCAGGUUGGAGCUCCCCGGUCCUCUCUCUCCCCUGAUGGCUGCCCAGUAAAGUGCCAUAGCAAGGCUGGCGCUUGGAUUGCACUGACCCUGCAAGGGAGACCCUAGGUGUUCCUCGGUUUGCCCCCCCACUGGAUUCGCCACUGCACUGACACACAUAUAGAUAGAAAGAUGCACAGAUACACACACUGAUACACAUACACACAAACACACAUUGACACACAGAUACACAUACAAACACACAGGUAAAUACAAUUACAAAUAUACAUACACAGAUAGAUACACAGACACACAUAAAGAUACACAUACACACAGAUAAACACAAUGACACUCAUACAGAUUACAAUUACAAAUAUACAGACACAUGCACAUACACAGCCACACACAGAAACAGAUGUGUUACACAGAUAGAUACACAGACACACAAAAAGAUACACACACACAGAUAUUUACAGACAGACACACAAGGAAAAUUUACACAUUUUAAGCCACCCACUGUUUUUACUUUAUUGGUGCAGGAGGUUGGGUUCCCUGGUGUCCAGUCGACUGGCUCAAGCUGCUGGGAGUCUGAGGCGCUCCCACUCCCUUCUCUCUGCCUUUUCCUGUUUCCUUUGUGUUAUAUGAAGUGACUACAGAGAUUACAGGGACCUGGUCAUGCAAUUAAAGAACCACCCAAUGGGCUCUCUGAGCAUGCGGCCCCCGGUGCAGUGGCACCAUCUUCACCAGUGGUAGUUUCGAUGCUGUGUAAACCCCAACUUGAUGGCUUUCAGAAUGGUGUAACCUGUAAUUUAGCUGGGUGACCUUGAUGAAAUCUGUGAUGAAAUCUGAAAUUGUAGCUUAUUCAGCCAUCAAACUUGAGUUAAACAAAUCGAAAGGAGAGUUAAGGUAACUGUUAACGGGAAGCAGACAACACACAACCUGUUAGUUGGGAACCCCUUUAUCCCAAUAAGACAGAUAAUAAAUGGAAAAGGUUGUGCCUAAAACAUUAAACAAUAAUCUUCACCCUUGUAAAAAUUAAAGAGAAAAACAGUUGAUGGUGAAGGAUUUAAAGUCUGGUUUCUACCUUCAGAAUUCCUGAAGGGGAACUGUCAAUCCUGCAAGAUCCGGUUCAAAGUUCACCUUCAGGAAUUCUUUUACAUAAUGGCAGAAACUGGAUAUUAAAAACUUCACCAUAUACUUUGUCUCUUUAAUUGUCACAACAGUGAUUAUUUUAUACUGUUUUAGGUGCAACUUCCUUCUCCAUUGGCAAUGAUUUGACAAACUAAAAAUCUUAAAUUGCAAGCAGUUUUUUUUUUUUCACAAUGUGGAAAUUGACCAGUCAGGAUCAAUCUAUAAAUUAUAAGAUGUUUCUUCGCACAGCAAUAGUGGUUGGUAGUGGUUGGUAAAGGUUCCCAUUAAGUUUAUUACUCCAUAGCUGAAUCUUUAUUAAAUGAAAGUUUUAACUCCUAAUUUCCCCCCCUACUUUUCCUUUGUAGUGUCAAUCCGUUUGUUACCUGUAUGUUUCCCAAGUCAGACUGAAAUGCCCUGGAAACAGUAAAAUUUAAAGUCCCCGGGACUUCUAGACAAUCCCAUAUACUAGUAAAUAUUUCGUUCAUAGGCGUGCGCACGGGGUGUGCCAGGUGUGCCUGGGCACACCCUAAUCCCCGCGGCACGGCUAUGUAUUGAGUCCUGCAGGAACAGAGUUCCUGCACUUUUUUUGGAGCAGGAACACUGUUCCUGCAGGCACUCAGCGCCCCCAAAUGCCGCGUCUGAUCUGGAGACAGGCGCCCGACCCACUGGACCCCAGGGACAGGUUCACACAAGCUCUCCAGGUAGGGAGGCUGGGUGGACAUUUUUUUAUAAAAAAUUAAUAAUUUGUAUGUGUGUGUGUGUGUGUGAAUGUAUGUGUGUGUGUCUGAGGGUGUGUGUGUGUGUCUGUGAGUGUAUGUGUGUGUGUCUGUAAGUGUGUGUGUGUGUUUGUGUAUGUAAGUGUGUGUGUGUGUCUGUGAGUGUAUAUGUGUGUGUCUGUAAGUGUGUGUGUGUGUGUCUGUGAGUGUAUGUGUGUGUGUCUGUAAGUGUGUGUGUGUCUGUGAGUGUAUGUGUGUGUGUGUCUGUGAGUGUGUGUGUGUGUGUCUGUGAGUGUAUUUGUCUGUAAGUGUGUGUGUGUCUGUGAGUGUAUGUGUGUGUGUCUGUAAGUGUGUAUGUGUGUGUGUCUGUAAGUGUGUGUGUGUGUGUCUGUAAGUGUGCGUGUGUGUCUGUGAGUUUAUGUGUGUGUGUCUGUAAGUGUGUAAGUCUGUGAGUGUAUGUGAGUUGUUGGGUGUGUGUAUGUAAGUGUGUGUUUCUGUGAGUGUGUGUGUGUUUGCGAAUGUGUGUGUGUCUGUGAGUGUAUGUGUGUAUGUAUGUCUGUGAAUGUAUGUGUGUGUGCCUGUGAGUGUAUGUGUGUGUGUCUGAGUAUGUGUGUGUACAUGUAUAUAUAUGUGUGUGUCAGUGUGUGUGCGCACGCGUAUAUAUACACACACACACACACACACGUGUAUAUUAUUUUUUUUGGGGGGGUGGGAAUCUUGGGAGAGUUCCCACACUUUAUUCCCCAGGACUUCUCUGGAGAUCUCUAAGCCUCCAUGGGCUGGCGGGGAGAUCAAAGAUCUACCUCACCAGCCCACAGCAGCAUGCAGGGAGGCAGGAGAGGACCCGGGGAGCUCUAGACAGCAGCUCCGCCAGGUUCAUCUCACGAGAUCUGAGCAUUGCCAUGGCAACGCUCAGAUCUCGAGAGAGUUAACUCUAGCCCCACAGGCUAGAGUUCACUCUCCACUGGACCACCAGGGAUGGCACAUGGCAGCAAGGAUCCCGCUCCCAACAUAAGGUAAGAAGGGAGGGGGGAUAUUUACUAAUCUGCCCCCACCUCCACAAUCCCUCCAAACAUACAGCACGCACACACACAUACAGCACCCACACACAAACACACACAGCACCUUUACAAACACACAACACCCUCACACACAGCACACUAACAGCACCCUCACUAACACACACACACAAACAUCACCCUCACAAACACACGACACCCACACACAUCACACAAACGGCACCAUCAAACACACGCACACAUCACACAAACAGCACCCUCACACACACAGUACCCUCACACAGCACAGUAACAGGACCCUAACAAACACACACACACACACACACAAACACCCUCACAUACAGCACACUAACACACACACACACACACAAACAGCACCCUCACAAAUACACGACACCCACACACAUCACACAAAUGGCACCCUAACAAACACACACACACACACACAAACACCCUCACACACAGCACACUACCAGCACCCUCACACACAAACAGCACCCACACAAACACCCUCACCCGCAUAGCACACUACCAGCACAUCACAUACACAUCACACACUAACAGCACCCUCACACAGCACACACACACACAUUGCAGUGUAUGUGUGUGUGUAUAUAUAUAUAUAUAUAUAUACAUAUAUAUAUAUAUAUAUAUAUGUAUAUAUAUAUAUAAUACAUAUAUACACAUGCGACGUGUGUUUGUGCUUUAGGGUGCACACCCUAAUGCAAUAGGCUGCGCAUGCCUAUGAUUUCAUUGAUUUUUUUCCUGUUGCAAAGUCCACAUGUACACAUGUUGAAUAUCUUUGCAAAUGGACUGAAUAGCUUACAGGAUGUUUGUUUUGGCUCGUAUGUAUUUUUUUUUGGUGGUGUCAUUGGGGAAAUCAGAUUUAUGUAGGAAUACGUUUGGUCCUGUAAAAAAUGCUUGGCUGCAAGUAAGGGUAUGGGUAUUGGAUUGUUGUUAUGCAGGUAUAAGGAGAAGAUGACUGUUUACUAUUAAGGGUUGAUUAUGUAACACACAGGGUCACAUCAGGUAAUUGCAGAAAUACAAGCUUUCAGAAAAGGAUACAACCAGAAUACAAUUAGGAUGGGAGUGACUGAACAUGUAGCAGCCGUAAUGUUAGUGUAAUGAGUAUGUGACAUUACAUUAUGUGAUUAUACAGCUACAUUUUAUUCAACAUAAAGGAACUUCAGUCGGCAUGAAUUCAUUAAGGCUGUGAGUUACUGGAGCCUCACUACUUGGGGACGUAAUUAUCAGCCAUUACUGGAAAUCAUCAAAGAUCAUAGAGCACUAGUGUCUUGAGUGUGAGACUCCAGUUGUGUUGUAAAUGGAACCUGUGUUCUUCUUAAAGGGACAUUGUAGGCAAUGUAACUGCUUUAUGCCAUUGAAGUGGUUAUAGUGUCUGGAGUCCUUUGGCACCAUUCUUACAUUCAGCAAUAAAAUGGUUUUAAUGUUUAAUUCUGAAAAAAAGAGUCUCUGCUGUUGAGACUAAUGAGGAAGCAUUAUGUGUCGUAAUGGGUGUCUGUGAUUGUCUGUGAUUGGACGAGAGUUUUACUCUCCCAUUUUUUCUCCCAUUCUAGCCCAAGUCCCAUUUUUAAGUUGGAACCACGGAGCAACAAUAUUAGGUCCAAUAGUACGUGCAACUGGGUUUACAUAAAGAGCCAUAAUGGCUUUCUUUAUCCAACCUUCUAAUCCAUAGUGUGAUAAAACAGCUUCUAAAUAUUUCCAGUUGACUCUGUUGAAUGCUUUUUCAGCAUCAAUCGACAGAGUCAAAACUGGAAUCUCAUUUCUAUUUGCAUCAUCUAAGAUAUUUACAAUUCUCCUCACACUUGUAUAAGAAUUUCUGCCUGGAACAUACCCUUUUCGAUCUUUAUGGAUAAUUAGUGGAAGAAGUUUCUUUAUUCUAACAGCUAGAACUGAAGCGUAUAACUUAGUAUCUACAUCUAUCAAAGAUAUUGGACAAUAAUUUUUAACAUCAGUAGGAUUUUUAUCAUUUUUUUAAAUUGGCAAAAUGUUAGCCUUCAGCAUCUCUGCUGGCAAAAAUACUCUAUUUGCCGCUGUAUUAAAGGCAUUAGUCAAAUAAGGACAUAGUAGAUCUUUAAAUGUUUUAUAAAAUAAAUUAUUAAAUCCAUCAGGGCCUGGUGUCUUUGAUCUUUCUAGCUCAUUUAUGGCUUUCAUAAUCUCAUCCGCAGUUAUCGAUUUAUCUAAGAGUUCAUUUUCAAUUGUUGUUAAUUGAAACUUAUUUAUAGUUUUCAAGUAUUUAUUGAUAUCAUCAUCUGUAGUAGUUUGAAAUAAACUAUAUAAAUUACUAUAGAAUUCAUUAAAGCAUUUUCCUAUUUCUCUAGGAGUUGUUACCAUUUUCCAUUAUAUAUUAGUUUUUCCACUUUAUUCUGUCCUUUCUGUUUUCUAAGUUUUUGAGAUAGCAUUUUAUCAGCUCGAUUGCCUUUAGAAUAAUAUUUGAGUUUUAAUCUAUCCAUAUUUUUGGCUGUUCUUAAUAUUAAUUUUUGCUUUAUAUUUUCUUUCAAAUCUAAUAUCUUCUCAUAAAUUUCAGGGGAUGGAGAUUGUUUGUUAACAUAUUUCUUAAUUCAGUAUAUAAAUAGGAUAGAGUAAUAUUCUUGUCAAGUUGACUUUGUAAUUUAACAAAAUGACCUCUUAUCACAGCCUUAAAGGCACACCACAAAAUAGAUGGAUCAAUGUUUUCUGAAGUAUUUUCUUUAAAAUAAUUUUUUAUAUUAUUUUCUAUAUAGAUUUUAUUUGUUUUAGAACAGAGCAAAUUAUUGUUCAGGUGCCAAGUGAAAGAUUCUCCUUUAACUAUACGAAAGGCUAUUUCACAGAACACCCCAUUAUGAUCCGUCCACACUAUUUCGUUAAUAUUUGUUUUUUUAAUCAUAUCAAUAAUACUUGGAUCUACCCAAAUCAUAUCCAAUCUUGAAUAGGAAAAAUGAACUUUAGAGAAAUGUGUGUAAUCUCUCUCAUUGGGAUUAUAAAUUCUACAGAUAUCAAACAAAUUAUACUCAUCUUUAAUCUUUUUUAAAGCUUUGGCUUGUUUUAUCACCAUUUGAUUUAACUUGUUUCCUUUCAUUAGUUUUUUAUCUAUCUGUGGGUCUAGUACAGCAUUAAAAUCCCCUGCUAAUAUUAACUUUCCCACUUUAAUUUCAUCUACUUUUUCCAGUAUUGUUUUUAAAUAGGAAACCGGUGAACAAUUUGGAAGGUAUAUAUUACAUAAUGUAAAACGUGUGGAAUCAAUUUUACAUAUUAUUAUCAAAUAUCUGCCUUUAAUAUCUUGCAUCUGGUAAAUUAUUUCAACCUUGAUUUUUUUUCUCCAAAUAUAACAGCUACUCCGCAUUUUUUUUUAUCCUUGUUAGAAGCUUGAAUUAUAAGCGGAAAUCUUUUACCUCCCCAGUUCUGUUUAUCUGUUUGCCUCCAGUGAGUUUCUUGUAAAAAUAUUAAAUUUAAUUGCUUUUCGCUCAGAUAUCUAUAUAAUAGAGCUCUUUUUGCAAUAGUAUUCAUACCUUGAACAUACCUGAAUAGCCUACAGGAUGUUUGUUUUGAAGUACAGCCAGCACAAAGCACACUAAGGCUUCCAGUUAUGUUUUACACGCUAGUGCAAGACAGCUUUCUUGGCUCGUAUGUAUUUUUUUUUUUUUUGUGUCAUUGGGGAAAUCAGAUUUAUGCAGGAAUACGUUUGGUCCUGUAAAAAAUUUUUGGCUGCAAGUAAGGGUAUGGGUAUUGGAUUGUUGUUAUGCAGGUAUAAGGAGAAGAUAACUGUUUACUAUUAAUUAAGGGUUCAUUAUGUAACACACAGGGUCACAUCAGGUAAUUGCAGAAAUAGAAGCUUUCAGAAAAGGAUACAACCAGAAUACAAUUAGGAUGGGAGUGACUGAACAUGUAGCAGCCGUAAUGUUAGUGUAAUGAGUAUGUGACAUUACAUUAUGUGAUUAUACAGCUACAUUUUAUUCAACAUAAAGGAACUUCAGUCGGCAUGAAUUCAUUAAGGCUGUGAGUUACUGGAGCCUCACUACUUGGGGACGUAAUUAUCAGCCAUUACUGGAAAUCAUCAAAGAUCAUAGAGCACUAGUGUCUUGAGUGUGAGACUCCAGUUGUGUUGUAAAUGGAACCUGUGUUCUUCUUAAAGGGACAUUGUAGGCAAUGUAACUGCUUUAUGCCAUUGAAGUGGUUAUAGUGUCUGGAGUCCUUUGGCACCAUUUUUACAUUCAGCAAUAAAAUGGUUUUAAUGUUUAAUUCUAAAAAAAGAGUCUCUGCUGUUGAGACUAAUGAGGAAGCAUUAUGUGUCGUAAUGGGUGUCUGUGAUUGUCUGUGAUUGGACGAGAGUUUUACUCUCAGUCUAUCACUACACACUUACUAAAUUGGUUUGGUGGCAAGGAAACGUGUAAUCUCUGCCUUAGACAUAUCUCUAGUAGCAGCUGGGCUGUGGGUGUCCAGGGAUCCUUGUUCAGUGUUAAACUACUCCAAAACAGUUAACACUGGAAGGACAGUGCCAGAGUUCUCCAGGAACUAUAACCAAUUCAAUUAGAUGAAAUGGGCAUAGUGCCUAAAGUGUCCUUUUAAACAAUAUACACCCUUUCCUGAACUUAAUAGCUUACCGUCUGUGACUUUAACUCCUUGAAAUCGUAUUGUUAUUGCAACUACAUACAUAUCUUUAGAUUAAGAGUGACCACUUACAAUGCCCACUGAGAUGUGUGACAUUGUCUGUUGCUCCCUAUCCACAAUGUAUUCUUGACAAAUGUGUUUAUGGUGCUAUACCAUCAAUUUAAAGGAAUCUCUUUUAGACGUCUGUUUGCAGUGUAAGGAGACAUCCUGAUUUUGCUACCACCGGACAAUGGGAUGUUGUGACGGAAUGUGACGGGAAGAAGGAAUCACAUAUAUUUGAUGGCAUUCUGAUCUGUAGCGGACAUCACACUUUCCCACAUUUACCAUUGCAUUCAUUUCCAGGUAUGAGACAUGUACUAUUAUGCACAGAAAUGAUAUAUUUUAUUUUAAUUUUAAAUGGAUAUUCUUUUUUUUUUUUAAGUAUCUGAUUUUUAUUUAUUGUAUUAUAUAGAACUUUGAAAAAAGAAUCACAAAGGUAUUAAUAUUUUAAUAUGUAUACUACUAAGUUAUAUUUAACAAAUAUGUGCAUGUGAAUUUAUAAAAAUAAGAUUAAAUGAAGAUAUUCACAGUGUGGUAUUAAACUCUAUCCUAGAACUGGGCGCUGCUACCUUGGCUCCCUCUUAAUCAUUGUUUUAACUUCUGCUGUAAUUGAACAAAGUAUAUUUAAUGAGGAUGAGGGGUGGGUUUUAUCUUAUUUACGACACCAAGUAACUGUAACAGAAUAUUGAAUCCCUCAAUAUGACAUUUUUCAGAUCACUUUCAUAAAUUCCCCCAAUGUUUCUUCAUCAGAUGAAAUAUCUGUUCUGCCUGUUCUUGGAUAGCACUGGAUUCUAAUGUCAAUUGCUAAAUGUAUAAUACACAUGUUAAAAAAAAAACAUAGUGCAUGACAUGAAAGAAAUGUAUUUAUUUUUUUAAAUUCUAGGUGAUUUUCCUUUGUUAAGCUAAUAUUUAAAAAAUUAUGCAAAUGGUGGAAAUUGAUGCUACUAAUUAGCCAUAUACACUAUUUAAUUUCACAAAUGUUACACAAAGCUUAUGUUUUAUUUUUUAUGCUAUAGUUUUUGAUCUCGUGGAAUAAAAACAGAUACUAUUACAAAAUAAAAUUAAACACUUCUUUUUUUUUGCUAUCCCUUAUGAUGGAAACAGGGUUCCUAAAAAAAUUAUUACAACUUAGCCAAUCGGGAGUUACACCAUUUGGGGGGGACAGGUUUGGGGUUAAAUCAUUCAUUGAUGGUUUAACCCCCUCUGGGUAUGAUGCUGCCUGGAACCUCCUUGAUAUGCACUGUUUACAGGAGGAACACUAACCUGCACUCACUGACUCUUUGUUAUCAGUGACAUCAUUAAAUGAGGCCGGAGGUGAGAAUAAAUAUAUAGUACCCUGAAAUUCUCAUGAUGGAUUUAUGAAGCAAGGCACUUGACUUUUCUAAGGUUUGAUUGAACCAGGCCUUUGUAGAAUAUGUAAUACCAAUCCCCCAGUCUCUAUUUUAAUAUAAUUAAAGUGUUGCUGUCAUUUCAGUGAUUUUCAUAAAGAUACACAUUGAAUACAGUAGAAAAGAAAAAGAAAGUGCAGAGCAUCAGGCAGCUAUGGCCACCACAUCUUGCAUAAUCAAUCUUUGUUCAUAUUCUUAUGAUAUGUGCAAAAGAGGCCUAUGGUAUCACAUGUAUGAGAUUAUUUAUAGAAGAUCAUCCAGCUGUACAUCAUAGACUGCCAUUUUGUAAGAAAAGGCUCAGAGCUGAAGAUGAAGGCCAGUGGAGGCUUGUCCAUAGGGGCAGGUGAGGUCGGGUGGCAUUAUAAGAACUUCUGAUAAGUGUGUGUUAAAACAAAACCUAUUUCCAUCAUUAUAAUAUCUGAAGUUUACAUUCUCUUCUUUAUUGAUGACUAGAUAUGCAGCAGGUUUUAAACAGGGCAUGUUAAAUGGGUAGAGCAGUGCUGUCCAACCUGCAACCCCCCGAGAUGUAGCUGAACUACAACUCCCAUGAUUUACGGGGUAUCUGUUUCAUUGAAAGAAUCAUGGGAGUUGUAGUUCAGCAACAUCUGGGGGGCCGCAGGUUGGACAGGCCUGGGGUAGAGGUUAACAAGUCAGAAGGACUUAGUUGCCGAGGUGCCUCAAUCUGAACUAAUACAAUCUAUUCAAACCUAAGGGUUGCAGGUUUAGUCCCAGUUGGGUCAGUUCUUGAGAUUUGAAAAGAAUGAGCACCUUUGAUAAGUACCUGAGGUUACCAAACCAUCUUUACCGCAGCCAAGACAUAUCUGAAAAAAGCAUUUUCCCUCAUUAAAUAUUUGAUUGAUAUUCUUUUGUGCUGGCAGGCAUAGAGAAGUUCAAAGGCCAAUAUUUCCACAGUCGGGACUAUAAGAACCCACAAGCAUUUCAGGACAAAAGGGUUAUCGUCAUUGGCAUUGGAAAUUCUGGAGGUGACCUGGCUGUAGAGAUCAGUUCUGUUGCAAAACAGGUAAUAUAUACAUAACUAUUUUAAGCCAAUCUUUGACUUUAAUUAUAUUAAGACUCAGUUCUAGUUCAGCAUUUAACUUAUGUACAUUUGGUGUGUAAGGUAAAUAAACUAAAAUUACAGUUAAAGGAAUUGCGCACACACAAAGACAAAAAUACAGCUUUAGAUUUUACAAGGCUAUUUAAAAUCACCUAUCUUAGCGAACAAAUAUGGGUAUUCAGUUCCACCAUAUGGCCAUAUUUUGUUAAGCCCAUCACUUAUUCACAGUACCCCAAUAUCGGUGGGUCCUACACUAGUUUUAACACAGGAAAUUUAAAUACUAACUUGCAAUACUUACAGCUUAAACUGCUUCCGACGACUCCUCAAUUUAUGCUUUCCUAUGGUCACCUCCAAAGGGGCACCUAUUGUGGAUGGGUGGGGUGCCCAGUCCAAUAGUAAUCUGGUCUGGAUUCCAGAUCUACAGAGAAAAAAAUGGGAAUUUGGGGAACACCCAGAUCAUAUGUAUUUUUAAGUAGUUGUGCUGCCGUAAAGACCAAAAUAUAUACAAAAAUACAAUUGUCAAAACAAAACAAAAAUUGACACCCUACAUAGGAUUAAUAUAGGUCUGUGAAUAAGUCUGCCGUUAUAUACACAAGCAUUAAAAUAGCAACAGGGAGACUGCCACUAGCUAUGUCAAUAUUAGUUCAGAUAGCCCUGUCUUCAUGUCUUUGAUAUACUCAAUUCUGGCAUCAGCCAAUUAGUGACACCAGUGGGAAAGACUAGUCAAAGUAGAAUGUCAAUGAAUGACCCAAUCCAUCUCCCAUCUAGAUGCACAUGACCCACUGGGGCACCUUAUUGACCAAUGAUCCUUAACCCCUACUUUUUCCUUCCUUAAAAUAGAUGUAAUAGUGCAUUCCAUGUUAUGUCGCGUUCCACAGUUCUCUUAAUUUGAUUUUCUUGUAAAUAUCUUUCACACUUUGCUUAAUAAUCUUGUCCUUCAUAGGUCUAUCUAAGCACCAGAAGGGGAGCAUGGGUUGUUAACCGUGUCUGUGAUGAAGGUUUUCCACUGGACGUGGUCCUCUACAGUCGAUACAGAUUGCUCCUGAAACAAUUUAUGACAACAGAAAUGCUGAACAACUGGGCAGAGAAAAAGAUGAAUGCACGAUUCAAUCAUGAAAAUUAUGGAAUAAAACCCAAGCAUAGGUACAGUGUGGAUCUGCUCAAAUUGCAUCUGAUAAUGCAGAUUAUCCAUCUACGAAACCAGCAUUAACUCUCUAAAGACUGAGAAAUUCCAAGUCCCAAUUAUAUCCAGCUGACUACUGAGUUCAGAAUAAGCUGAUUUGAAACAGAAUAAACCUGACAAAAUUGCUUUAGCAAACUUUCUUUCAACAUUCGAAUCAAAGUUUGAAUUGACUAUGAAAAGGUGGACAAUAAAAAAAGUAUGAAAAGUAGUUUCAAUUAAAAGAGUAUAGAGCUAUUACAUAACUACUUAAAAUAUAAAGUGUCCAUUGAGUGUGCUCUAUAAUGACACAUGCUAUAGCUAUGUAACCUCAUGUAUUAGUCCUGUGUAACAAUCUGGAGUUAUGUAUGCUAAUGGUUAAGGAGGGACUUACUAUGACCUGUAAUUUCUGUCACACGCAAGCAAGCUUCACUGAGCAAACAAUAUAAAUUACGUAAUAAUUUGUCUCCAUCCUUAUUUUCUUCUUUUACAGAAUUUCCAGUCAACAUCCAACUAUCAAUGAUGACUUGCCGAAUCGUAUAAUUGCAGGAAAAGUACUAAUGAAAUGCAAUGUUAAGGAAUUCACAGAAACAGAUGCAAUAUUCGAAGACGGAACAGUGGAAAAAAAUAUUGAUGCAGUAUUCUUUGCCACCGGAUACAGUUUCUCUUUUCCAUUUUUCGAUGACCCAGCCCUCAAAGUGGUAAAUAACAAGAUUCCACUAUACAAGAUGGUGUUUCCACCAGUUUUGGAGAAGACUACGGUAGCAUGUAUUGGCCUCAUUCAGCCCAUUGGGGCCAUCAUGCCCCUUUCAGAACUUCAAGCUCGAUGGGCCACAAGAGUUUUCAAAGGUGCGGAGGCAACAAAAAAUUAUUUCCUCUAUUCUGCUUUCUCACUUAGAGUUGCUUUCAAAUACAUUUUUCAUCAAAAUAUUCUGUUGUGUUUUAAUAACUCACAGUGAAAAUGAUAUAUAUCACUAUAAAAUAGAAUGAGGAUUGAUUCUUUUAAUUGAAGCAUGAAUUCAGCAUAACAGAAAAAAGAAAAUCAGAGUUAAGACAGAUGUAUACGUAGCAAGAGAGUACAAACUGAUUGUAGAGUUGAGUUAACUCCCAUGUAAACAGCAUUAUUUAUUUAUUUAUCAAAAAAGAAAGGGUAAACUGGCUAGGCAGGCAUGGCUAUGCAAAUCACAUAACUAUAUUUCUGGACAUGGAGAGUAAUCUGGGUAUAUGGGACUGUGAGUUUAUGCAAGUGAGGUACGCCAGACUAUGGUCUCGAAAGAAAUCAUGUUUUCAAACAUACAUUUCCAAGUUAAGUCACUAUGCUCAAUCUGUGUAUAAAGGCUGAAUCGCAGUAGUAAGUGGUCAGUUAUGUCAGUACAAAUCACAAUACAUACACACUACAUGGACAAUAGUUAAAGCUACAGAGUAAACGAAGCAGCUACAGCUGUGUGGCUAGCAGGAGUGGAUUGCUGGUAAGACCAGAUUCCAGGGGUGGAGGCUGUGGUCGCCAGAUACCUCUGCCCGUAAUGCAGCCUGUGAUGCCCUGCCCAGGAUGGGCUGCAACUAAUUUGCAUAUGUCCACCCAGAAUAUCCAUUUCAAUAUUUUCUGUAAUUCACCCUAUUGAGCUGUUAUCGUAGAGUUCUUAAAAUGAUAGCAACAAUAGAACAAUCAGCAAACACAACAAAAACUGUAUCUCUAUUAGUCUGCAUUGACUUGUCUGAUUUUGUUUAUUAGGACUGUGCAAACUCCCUUCAAAAGAUGAUAUGCUGGCAGAUAUAGCCAUAAAAAAAAGAGAGCUGGAGUGUCGGUAAGAUUUUCGCCAAGUAACAAAAAUCAAACCUAGAGUUACUACCGAUCUGCUGAUAAAACAGCAUUAAUUCUUCUGGGAAAGAAUUCAACUAGAUUUUGAAAUAUUGCUUAGGGUGCUUGCUUCCAUUCAGCCAUGAGAACAUACUCGAGUCUGAUGCUGAUAUUGGGGAAUUAACAUGGAUUAUCAUUUUUUUCCAAAUUUAUCACAAAUAUGGCCACCACUUAAAAUGUUUGGAUACGCUUUCUAAAUGAUUUAACAUUUUUGGAUAAAUGUUUAAAAUAAUUUUGUAAAAGUAUCAAAAAAAUGGAUCAUGUAUCAGUUAUAUUAAUGUAUCACAAACUAUGAAAAUAUAAUAAAAUUAAAACAUUUGUCAUUAUAGUAAAUCAUUUUAAAAGUGUAUACAUACAUAUUAAAUCCAUUCGAACGCUUAUCUAAAAAUAGUAAACUACAACCUGUGUGCCUUUUAGCAUAUGUUAAACUAACUGGUCAAAAGCAUGAUGGGUACACAUUUAAACCGGGACUUGAGUUAUAGAAUCCUAAAUUCCAACUAUCCCAAACCCUGGCUAGACAUGUUCAUCUAGGUGUUUUCAUAUAGGUCACAAUAGCCACUCUUGUUAUAUUGUAUUUAAUUGCUUAAUUAAAUUGUUACCUUUAUCCAAUCCCACAAUGCAUGUAAAUAUUAUUCAAUGAACAGAUCAUGAACAGUUUUUUUGUUUUUUUUAAGGUAUGUGGAGAGCCCACGACACACCAUCCAAGUUGACUUUCUGGAAUAUUUGGAUGAACUUGCCUCUCAGAUUUGUGUAAAGCCCAAUGUACUGCGAUUCCUGUUUACAGACCCUAAACUGGCCUGGGAGCUAUUCUUUGGUCCUUGCACACCUUACCAGUACCGUCUCACCGGAGAUGGAAAAUGGCCUGGUGCAAGGAAAGCCAUACUUUCACAACGCGAUCGCAUCAUCAAACCAACUAAAACCCGUGUCUUAGAUGAUGAUAUGACAAAGCACAAAUCUCCCAUCUCAUUCCUUCUGAAAAUAUUGAGUAUUUUUGCCAUCCUUUCUGCAAUUUAUUUUGUAUACAUUUAAAGCCAGAUCUGUAACUAUAUAGAAACGUUGAAACAUAGAAUGUGACGGCAGAUAAGAACCAUUCCAAUUUUCUAAAUACCUUUAUUAGUCCCUGGCCUUAUCUUAUAGCUAGGAUAGCCUUAUGCCUAACCCACGCAUGCUUAAACUCCUUUACUGUGUUAACCUCUACCACUUCAGCUGGAAGGCUGUUCCAUGCAUCCACUACCCUCUCAGUAAAGUAAUACUUCCUUACACUAUAGUAAUACUAUAUUACACUAUACUGAAACUAUAUCUAGAAAACAUCGUCACAUAUUACUCAUUGAUUGUAUUGUAUAACGCCAAGGCAGCAAAAAGAUAUAUUCACAUAACAGAUGUCGGCUUUAUUCAGAAACUUUGGAAUUGUUUGGCAUUUACAAGGAGAUUCAUUAUCAUUUUAGACAAAAGUUUCAGAGCUGAGGGAGUUAUUUCAGUUUGGAUACUUUGGCAGAACAUUUUCAAAUUCUCUUGUUAAUUCCUGACAAUUCCAAGUUCAGCAAAUAAAGUUGACUAUGUUUUUUUAAUAAGCACAAAAAUAUAUUCAAAAUCACAUCUUUUCACGAUAAUGAGAAGAAUUUCCUAAUUACAUUUAUUUUUUAUUUUGUAUAAUUCUUUAUUUUUCUUGUGCAUUUGGAUACAUACAUGCUUACAGUGCCACGACAGCUACUGUAGGCAAUAUCAAAACUUUCAGUGGCAUAUCUGAGGAGUUGCACAUUUAAUAUUUACAGAGUAUAACAUGCUAACAAUCGCUAAGUUAACUCCGCGCAAUAAGUACACAUGUUAUAGCUGGGUAAUACUAAUAGCCGUAGAGUGGCCAAUAUGUACUAAAAAUACGCUCCUGAUCUAAUUAAAUAUUUUUUAAACAACAUUUUUAAACAUUUCAAUAAAAAAAAAAAAAAAAUUGCACCUUUACACAUUUUGAGAUGAUAUUAUUUUUCUCACUUGUGAAGUGGUAGGAUGUCAUGUACAUUUAGCAUUAUAAUAAAAUUCUUUAG